CAAAGGGGGCGGUGUCUAUGUAAAUGAAGGCGUGGCCAUGUAAAUCAGCAGGGCACCAUGGCGGCCGCCAUGGAGGAGGAGCCCCAGGAGUCCCCGGAGCCGGCGGCGCGGGAGCCGCGAGUGCGGGACACUCCCGAGGACAUUUGUCUGGAGGCCACGGCCAACGCCAUCGCGCUGCACCCGGAGCGGCCGCUGCUGGCCGCGGGGGACGUGGACGGCGACGUGUACCUGUACUCGUACUCCUGCACCGAGGGGGAGAACCGGCAGCUCUGGUCCUCGGGACAUCACCUCAAGUCGUGCCGGGACGUUGCGUUCUCCCAGGACGGGCAGAAGCUUUUCACUGUGUCCAAGGAUAAGUCCAUCCACAUUCUGACAGCGGAGGAGGGACGGCUGGAAACGCGCUUCCCCAAGGCCCACGAGUCGGCCCUCAACUGCGUGUUGCCCAUCGAGAACCACAUCUUUGCCACGGGUGACGAAGGCGGGGCAGUGAAGGUGUGGGACCUGCGCAAGGGCAGUGCCAUCCUGGAGGCACGGCAGCAGGAGGAAUACAUCAGUGCCAUGACUGUGGAUGGCAACGGGAAGAUCCUACUGACAGCCAGUGGUGAUGGCACCCUGGGCGUCUUCAACGUGAAGAGACGGCGCUUUGAGCUGCUCUCGGAGCCGCAGAACGGGGACCUGACGUCUGUGGUGCUGAUGAAGAGGGGGAGGAAGGUGGCGUGUGGCUCCAGUGAAGGCACCAUCUACCUCUUCAACUGGGACGGCUUCGGGGCCGCCAGCGACCGCUUUGCGCUCAGGGCAGAGACCAUUGACUGCAUGGUGCCCAUCACAGACAGCAUCGUGUGCGUGGGAUCCCUGGAUGGAGUCAUCAGGGCGGUGAACGUGCUGCCGAACCGCGUGCUGGGCUGCGUGGGGCAGCACCUGGGCGAGCCCAUCGAGCAGCUGGCCGUGGCCGCGGACGGGAAGCUCCUGGCCAGCAGCGGCCACGACCAGAAGGUGAAGUUCUGGGACGUGUCGGCGCUCGGGUCCAUGGUGGUCGAUGAUUACCGGCGGAAGAAGAAGAAGGGCGGGCCGCUGCGCGCUCUCAGCAGCAAGGCGCUGGGCAGCGGGGAGGAUUUCUUCGCUGACCUGCGGGACGAGGCCGAGCCGGAGGCGGCGGUGGGGGAGGGCGGUGAGAGCAGCGACAGCGACAGCGACUGAGCGGCCGCGCGGGGCCGAGGGCCGCCCCCUCAGCGCUGCCGCCCCGCCCGGCGCGGGGGCGGGGCUCUGCGCCUCUAUUGCUGGGCGCGGCCAAUCAGAGCCGCGGGUCCUGGGAGUGCCCGCCUGCGGGGCGUGGCCUCAGUGCAAUGCGAGCCGUAUCGCUGGGCAGAGCUCUGGCGUUCUGAUUGGCUCCUGGGGCUGCCACUCAAGCUGGGCUGUGCGCGUGUCCGAGCAGGGGACAGCGGUUAUGGCGGCUCGGAGGAGCGGGGGGUGGCCCCGGCAUGGGGACACAAGCUGGGGUUGGGGAGGGACUGGGAAGGGUCCCUGACGGGUCCGUGAUGGAUGGGGAGUGGCUCCGAGAUGGGGGCACGUAACCCUCACCCUCUAGGUGGGGGGCUCCGGCGGGGGAUGCA